GAGUGAGCUCGAUGCCGAGCACCUCGGACGCGGCGGCCGGCGGGAGCGGGGGAAGCCGGGGCUGGGGGAGCGGCGGCGGCAGCAGCUCGGCGGUGGAGGCGGCGGCCGACAAGAAGCGGCUGCAUCACCGGAGACGGAAGCGCUUCGCGGCCCAGCCGCAGCCUCCCCCCCCGCCGCCGGCCCCUCACCCGCUGCUCUUCCCGCUCCUGCAGCCGCCCCUCCUGCAACCCCCGCUCCUGCAGCCGCCGCUGCCGCCGCAGUCCCUGCUCUUCCUGGCGGCCACCGGCGCCUCCUCCUGCUGCGGGGACGGGGGGGAGCGGAAGCGGCCGCGGGGCAAGCGGCGCUCGGGCUCCCGGCACAAGCGGCGGCGGGGCCGUGGCGGCGGCGGCGGCGGCGGCGGGACCCAGGAGGCGGAGAAGCGGCGCGGUAGCGGGGGGCUGAGCACGCUGGUGGAGGAGUACGACGACGUGAGCUCCCAGUCCGAAGGGCUGGUGGGCGGCGGUGCGGCCGGCGGCGCGGGCAGCGGCGGGGGGAGCCCGGCCUCCUCUUCGGGCGGUGGCGGCGGGACCCAGCGCCAGAGAGGCGAGGCGGAGCGGAGCGGCCGGUCCCGCCGGGAGCACCGCGGCAGCAGCGGCCGCUCCAAGGAGCGGCACCGAGAGCACCGCCGGCGGGGGGAGGAGAAGGCGCAGCAGGAGGGGGCGUCGGCAGGCCGCGGGGGAGCCGAGGCCUCCUCGUCCUCCUCCAAGUCCCGCAGCCGCCACAAUCACACCGGGGGCCAGGACCGGGAGGGACUCAAGAGCAGCAGCGGCGGCGGCAGCGACGGCCGCAGGAAGGGCUCCCUCUCCUCGCCCGGCAGCGGCAGGAAAGAGCGGGAGAGUAAAGCGCACCGGAGCCGGACUAAAGCGGUCAAGGAGCCGCCGUCGGCUUACAAGGACCCGCCGAAGGCUUACCGAGACGACAAGCCCGAGCCCAAGGCCUACCGGCGGCAGCGGUCAUCCCCCAGCCCCGGCCGGGAUGACAGCCCCCCGCUGCACCGCUCCUCGCAGAGCCAGCGGAGCCGCAAGUCGCUCAGCCCGGUGGGCGGCCGCUCGCCCCUCAGCCCCUACAGCCGCCGCCGCUCCCCCAGCUACAGCCGGCACAGCUCCUACGAGCGCGGCGGGGAUGUGUCGCCCAGCCCCUACAGCAGUUGGCGCCGGUCGCGAAGCCCCUACAGCCCCGUUAUCCGGAGAUCAGCAAAAUCUCGAAGCAGAAGUCCAUAUUCAUCAAGGCACUCAAGGUCUCGUAGCAGACACAGGUUGUCUAGAUCCAGAAGUCGUCAUUCAAGUAUUUCUCCUAGUACAUUGACUUUGAAGAGUAGCCUGGCUGCUGAACUGAACAAAAACAAAAAAGCAAGAGCUGCUGAGGCAGCCAAAGCUAGUGCAAAAGCUUCCAAUACUUCAACACCUACUAAGGGAAGCACUGACACUGCUGCAAGUGCGCCUCAAGUGAACAAUGUAAAGGACCUGAAGAAAAUAAAAGCUGAGCAUACGCCUUCUCCUACAAGCAGCGCAAAUUUGAAAAAUGACAAGGCAAAGGCAAAAGUCUCGCUUCCUGAAACAAAAGGGGAAAAUAAUUUAAUUGCAGACAAAAUUAGUAAGCAGAAACCCACAGCAGUAAAAGAGAAUAAAUUAACUGUUGUAAAACAGCCACCAGUCACUGUAAAAGAGAAAAGCAAACCAAGUACACCAAGUGUAGUAACCAAGGACAAGGAUCGAAUUGUUGCACUACCAACCUCCACACUGCCACCCUUGCCUUUGCCUCCCACGCUGCCUGAAGAUAAAGAAACUGAUAGUUUGCGAGAGAAUCUUUCCGUGAAGUCAGUUAAAGAAGCAGAGAAGAAACUUCGCCAUCUGCUUGCAGACUUGCCACUUCCACCUGAGUUGCCGGGAGGAGCUGACUUAUCCAAAAGUCCUGAAGAAAAGAAACCAGCAGUUCAGUUACACAGCAAGAGAAGACCAAAAAUAUGUGGACCACGACAUGGUGAAACAAAAGAAAAAGAAAUAGAUUGGGGAAAGCGCUGUGUGGAUAAAUUUGAUAUCAUUGGUAUUAUUGGUGAAGGCACUUAUGGGCAAGUUUACAAAGCUAGAGAUAAAGACACAGGGGAAAUGGUGGCACUAAAGAAAGUACGUCUGGAUAAUGAAAAGGAAGGGUUUCCAAUUACAGCUAUUCGGGAGAUUAAGAUUCUUCGACAGCUUAAUCACCAAAGCAUUAUCAACAUGAAGGAAAUAGUGACAGAUAAGGAAGAUGCUUUGGACUUCAAGAAGGACAAAGGUGCAUUUUACCUGGUAUUUGAAUAUAUGGACCAUGACUUGAUGGGACUGCUGGAAUCUGGUUUGGUUCAUUUUAAUGAAAACCAUAUUAAAUCAUUUAUGAGACAGCUGAUGGAGGGCUUGGCCUAUUGCCAUAAGAAGAACUUUUUGCACAGGGAUAUCAAAUGUUCAAAUAUUCUACUAAAUAAUAGAGGGCAGAUAAAGCUUGCAGAUUUUGGGCUUGCUCGGCUGUACAACUCAGAAGAAAGCCGACCAUAUACCAACAAAGUUAUUACAUUAUGGUAUCGGCCUCCUGAACUUCUGCUUGGAGAAGAAAGAUACACGCCAGCUAUCGAUGUCUGGAGCUGUGGCUGCAUCCUGGGUGAACUUUUUACAAAAAAACCAAUAUUUCAAGCAAAUCAAGAACUUGCUCAACUGGAACUUAUAAGCCGAAUUUGCGGGAGUCCUUGUCCAGCAGUGUGGCCUGAUGUUAUAAAGUUAGCUUAUUUCAACACAAUGAAACCAAAGAAGCAGUACCGUCGAAAACUGAGAGAAGAGUUUGCUUUCAUCCCACCAGCUGCAUUAGAUUUAUUCGAUUAUAUGCUUGCUCUGGAUCCCAGCAAGCGCUGCACAGCCGAACAAGCUCUUCAGUGCGAGUUUCUGCGAGAUGUAGAACCAUCUAAAAUGCCUCCUCCAGACCUUCCUUUGUGGCAAGAUUGCCAUGAGCUGUGGAGUAAGAAACGCAGAAGACAGAAGCAGAUGGGCAUGACUGAUGACUCAACAGCAACUAAAGUCCCUAGGAAGGAUCUGUCUCUAGGCAUGGAUGAGAGCAGAACCAACACCCCACAAGGCAUGCAAACUUCUUCCCAACUCAAAACUCAGGGCAACUCUAGUGUAGCACUUGCAAAAACAAGCACUGGACAGCAGUUAAACCAGAAUGAAGUGGCAAUCCUGCUAAACCUGCUACAGUCCAAAACAAGUGUUAGUUUGGCACAGUUUGCCCAAGUGUUGAAUAUUAAGGUAAACCCAGAGACUCAGCAGCAACUAAAUAAAAUAAAUCUUCCUGCUGGAAUUUUGUCAGCAGGUGAAAAACAGUCAGAACAGCAGCAGCAGCCGCCGCCGCCUCCGCCACCACCACCGGAACAGGAGCCUCUAAAACAGCCGACCGUCACGCAGCCUCCUGUACCACCUGCUCAACUGAGUCAGCCUAAAGUUGAGACUGAUGCUGCCCAGGCAGCUGUACAGAGUGCAUUUGCUGUUCUGUUGUCUCAGUUAAUAAAGGCUCAGCAAACAAAACAAAAAGAUUUUGUGUUGGAGGAGAAAGAAAAUGGAUCAGGAAAUGAAAUGUCAUUACAACUCAGGCAGCCUCCAGAGCCCACCACUCCUGCGUCUGUCAGCCGGGAUGACGUGGAAUCUCCGGCACCCGGCUACCCACAUCUGAUCAAGUCAUUAUACACGUCUGCAGGUCAAGAGGAUUUGGUUAGGCAGUCCGAGAUGAGGCUUCUAAACCGAACACCUGAACAAGAACGCCCUCGGAUCUUGCCUCCAGACCAGCGUCCCCCAGAACCACCGGAGCCUCCACCUCUCACUGAUGAAGACCUUGAUUAUCGGACAGAGAACCAGCAUUUGCCUAUAACUAACUCUUCAGGAGGAGAUCCUCACGCAGGAGUGAAAGCAGCUCUUCUGCAGCUGCUUGCUCAGCAUCAAGCUCAGGCGACAACGGAGGAGCCAGUACAAACGAGUGUGGAUUACCAGGCUAGAGACUCCUAUGUAACAGGCCCAGACUACAAGGAUAGCUUUGGAUCAUCUUCCUUCUCAUCCGCCCAUUAUGGCGGUAGCGAUGGAAUAGGAGGUGGAUCAUCAGGAGCAUUAGAAAGGAGGAGCUUCCUUGGAAACUCGGAUAUUCAGUCUUUGGAUAACUACAGUACUGCUUCAUCUCACUCUGGUGGUGGCCCUCCUCCGUCGGCCUUUUCAGAAUCCUUUCCCAGCUCAGUAACUAGUUAUGGAGACAUUUACCUCAACACUGGCCCCAUGCUAUUUAGUGGAGAUAAAGACCAUAGGUUUGAAUACAGCCAGGGCCCAAUUCCGGUUCUGGGGAGCAGCGGUGACGCUUCUGCAGGGCCAGAGAGUACGCACUCUUUGCCCACGAAGAUGCACAACUAUAACUACGGAAGUAACUUACAGGAAAAUCCCAGUGGCAUCAGCCACAUGCAUGGACAGACUUGGACUUCUCCUGCCCAAGGACCUGGCUAUUCCCAAGGAUACAGGGGACACAUUAGCACAUCUGCAGUGAGAGGGCGAGGCAGAGGAUUACCAUAUUGAGUAUCUGUUUUUCCUCAGGCACAUCAUUUUUAUCUGGAAAAACUUUUUUUUUUCCUAGCUGCAGUUUAAAGCAGCAAUUCAACAGACUUGAAUAAUGUUAAUUCAACAGCUUUAUUUUUAUGUGGAAAAGGGUCUUGCAUACAGUAGGAAAAAUUAAAAAUGCUUAAAACUCAUGCUGUCGGAAAACUAGAUAAAUUGAUUGUACAUGUUCACAAACUCUAGUUCUGAAUUUUAUUUUGUAUUUUGGCAGUUUUAAGUGGAUGCUAAAUUUAGGGACAUCAGCUUUUUAUGGCACUCUUUCAGAUCUUCUGAACUAUGCACAUUUGUGCUUUUUUUGUAAGUUUGGACCAACUUUUAUGUAAAAAAAAAAAUUUUACAACAAUCAAAGCAGGGCACUGAUUUAUUUGGUAUUUUUCUUUUUACAGAACUACCUUUAGUCAAAGGUCACUGUCAGUCUUUGCACUGCUUUCAGUGUUAUUGUGGAAGGUGUACUUUGUGCUCAUUUCAGAUAAUAAAACACAACCUUUCUCUUGAUGCAAAAUUUUAUAAA